UGUCACCUCGAUUAUGGCGUAGAAGUCAAGAAUACUCAAAAGUCGUCUUCGAACCGCGACGACCCGACAAAAGAUACGACCAUAACACGACUCCGGACUUGCUACGGCAAAAUUCGAAAGAUUUGGAACAUUUGAACGUAGAAGAGAAGCUUAAAAAACCACCGUUGAAAAAGAACGAUGACGUCAUAGUGAAACUGAGGACAAAGAAAGGUCGAGAGGCGAGGCCGAAUAGUCUACAUGUGUUACUCUGCCCGUCGAGUUCAGGGCAUUACAGCAGUGACACUUGGCGUUACACCAGAGUCAGAUCUAGAAGCCAUGAACCGGAAGGCGGGGGGCGGUGUGGGGAACCGCUAGCGCGCGCGAUGCAGCCUGCGCCGGCGGGGUCGCCCAAACGACAGCCGCACAACGCGGCCCAUGCACACGCAGCAGCCGGUGACCAAUCGACGUUGAAAAUCCACCUUCCAAAUGGGGGCUUCAACGUAGUGAGGGCCUCACCCGACGAAGACGUGCGUGCCGUGCUACGAUGUCUCGCCACGCGGUUAGCUACGAGCGAACGCGUCUACGCCUCAUGCUACGCGUUAAGAGCACGGCGGCUUACAACGGGCAAGAUCCGCUGGAUCCACCAAGACACGCCAGUUUCGGAGCUACAAAGCCAAUGGCCGGCGAGCGAGUGGCGGCUGGAGCUGCGCGUGCGCUACCUACCCGCCAGCCUACGCGAGCUAUGCGAAGCCGACCGUGUCACGUUCCACUAUUACUAUGACCAGGUUCGUCACGACUACCUCAAUGCCAACCAUCCAUUAGUAGAUCAAGAUCUCGCCGUUUACAUAUGCUGUUUAGAAAUUAAGUACUUCUGCAAGGACAUGCAGAUAUCAUUGGACAAGAAGUCAAAUAUUGAGUACCUGGAGAAAGAGUUCGGUCUGCACAAGUUCCUACCCAAAUCCGUACUGGAAGGCAUCAAGCCCAAGGUUCUGAAGAAGGCCAUACAGCAGCAGUUUAAAAAGGUGGCAAACCUAAGCGAUACAGACUGCAUGUUGAAGUACCUCGAAACAAUGCAUACGCACUACGGCUACGACAGAGAGUCGUUCACUGGCGCUCUGGGUAUGGGAUGGGCGAUCCCAGUAGAACUCGCUAUAGGACCUGAUAUUGACAUAUCCUACGUGUCGCACAAGGCGGGUGAGCCGCCGACAUACACGAAAAUCGCGUCGUUCGGUGACAUCGUCGCCAUUCAGACGCUCAAAUCGAACUGCACACAGCCGUCUCAAUCGCAAACAGGCUCGUGCGGAAAAGCCGCGCUGCAGCUACGCGUGAAAGGCGCAACUGAAACAUUAACAAUUACUUGUAGCAGUGUAGAGGCUGCAGAGAGCUUGGCUGACUUAGUGGAUGGGUAUUGUCGGCUGGUCACAGAUUCGCAAACAUCGUUAUGGAAUAGGAUGACUACCGUAUGGAAGCAGCUCAAUUGUCAAUGCAAAACGGAGAUGAGCAGCAGCUCUUCAGAGGGGAAGAGUUCGUGGGAGGGUAAUACCAACACCCUCCUUUCUGAAGAUUACGCCGAGAUUAUUGAUGACGAUGCCGACUAUUCUACACCUGCCGUACGCGAUUACGAAUUGGUCCGAAACCAAAUUGAGCUAACGAGCAUUAUCGGAGAAGGACAAUUUGGUGAUGUACACAAAGGUACAUGCCGCGUGACGUCAGCAAACCACCCGUCUCUCCGGCGGCAACUAUCUGCGCAGAAGCGGGCGGGGAAGGGCAGUGGUCCAGGAGAGUAUGUACUCCUCGUCGCUGUCAAGACUUGCAAGUUGGAUGCCGACCUUGAUACCGCUGAGAAGUUCCUUGAGGAGGCUUAUAUAAUGCAACAAUUCUCGCACCCGCACAUAAUUGGAUUAGUAGGCGUGUGCAGUACGCCUCCCAUCUGGAUCGUGAUGGAGCUCGCAACGUUAGGAGAAAUGAGGGCGUAUCUCCAACAGAAUGCUCAUAGGCUGGAAACAUGUACUCUAGUACUUUACAUUUACCAGUUGUCAACGGCGCUCAGUUACUUGGAAAGCAAGAAAUUCGUUCACAGAGACAUUGCCGCCAGAAAUGUUCUAGUCUCCAAUCCUAACUGUGUCAAACUAGCAGAUUUCGGUCUGUCAAAGAUGGUGGAAGACAAGUCGUAUUACAAAGCGUCACGAGGCAAACUGCCCAUCAAGUGGAUGGCUCCCGAGUCCAUCAACUUUAGGAGAUUCACAUCGGCUUCUGACGUUUGGAUGUUUGGCGUAUGCAUGUGGGAGAUCUUAAUGCUGGGCGUAAAGCCUUUCAGCGGCGUGAAGAACAAUGACGUCAUAGGCAAGCUGGAGAACGGAGAGCGGCUGGCGUUGCCUCCGCGCUGCCCGCCAAGGUUGUACUCCGUUAUGUCGCGAUGUUGGGCGUAUGAACCUUCGCAGAGGCCUACUGCGCAUCAGCUGAAGGAGACUUUGUUUGAGAUCCUGCAAGAAGAGCGCAAUACAGCAUGGGAUACGAUGCGUCGCGAGAAUCGGCGCGUUGCAGCUGCCUCGUGGGGCGACGAGCCUCCGCCGAAGCCUACCAGACCGAACGCUAACCUCGCUGGCGACGUUACAACAGUAGUACCGGGAGUGCCAGGAGCAGGAGGGGCGGGAGCUCCUCAAACGUACAUCGUAGCUCAAAAUCCACUGGUCCUAGCUCACCUGCUAAGGGAAAACCAGGCAAGAGCGCUGGAACCCCAGGCUUACACGACUCCCGCCUCGGUGUUCAACACGGUUGCCGUUGACUUCGCCGAAAAUCUCCCGGAGAAAGACCCUAACAUCGUCGAAAAGAUCAUACACCCGAAACCAGAUGAAAAAAUCGAUAUUCCCUUGCAAACUGUUCCUAUCCCUGUUUCAAGCUUGCAUAAGCUCGACCCUGUUGUGCCAACAGAUUCUGCUGAACAACAAGAAACUUUGACAGUUGUUGUAGGCGCGCGAGAUAGUCACGAUAACCUUUGUCAGAAUAUGCCCAGUGCAUCUCCGAGAACGGAAAGUUCGUCUCCACAAAGUCACGGUGAACCUGAACAAUUGAAUCCAACUGAGCCCUACGCUAGUAGAGUUCGAUCUUUGGAAAGAAGCACACGUAGUACGUUGUCUACUGCAGAAAGAGUUCCUGUACGUAUGGGUUCUUUGGAACGCAAUGCUAGAGGUGGUAUAUCUCACCGCGGUUCCCCUGUCCCUAUAGCUCCUUUUACAAGGCAGCAUUCCGUUCCGGCUUCGCCACCGCCUCGUAACCGUCGCGAUCAGGACGUCGGUCAAUUCUCAGUGCAAGGCACUAUUAACGCCCAGUUAGCGGCGAGUGUUGUCAACAAGAUGCGUCUACAACCCGAUCCUCCUUUAGUUGAAGAGAUCUAUGAUUUCGGUGGCGACAAUGUCAAAAGUUGCGCUGCUAUAGCUGCCCAAAAAGCUGGUCUUUCAAAACCUCAGUCAUACCGUCCUGUGACCUCCGGAAUGUCGGUAUCACAUCCUAUGUCUUACGGCGUACCGGUAGGUGUCGUACAAGGUAUACCUUAUGCCCAAAGUUCUGGCAAACCGAUACCAAAGCAAUUGUCUAGUCAAUACCGUUCAGCUAGUCCUUUAUCGCAGGCUUAUCCGUCUAUGUCAACAUCACAGGGUUACUCAGGCUCUCCCAUGUCUACGUCACAAGUUUACGUUGGUUCGCCAGUAAUCCAACCUACUGGAGUCAUUCCUCCUAUGUCAUAUAUGCCGCAGCAAAUUGUGACCCAUAAUAUAGUACAAGGCGCGCAGCCGAUGUUGUAUAGGCCGCAAGUGUCGAUAUCGCAAACUGCGAGUUCCACUGCGGUUUAUCAAGGACAAUCGAGGCCGCAGUUCGUUUCUGCUUCGUCAAUGGAUACGCAAAGUCUGUACGCGUCCCGGCAGGAAUGUUCUCCUGUGGUAGCAGCUACUUCUACUUCGUCAUUAAACUUGCAGAGUCCAGAAAUGGAUUCAGAGGCAGCCGUGGAGCGCCGCCUUCUGGCUGAGCUGGCGCGGCAGCAGCACCAGAGCGAAGAAGACAGGCGGUGGUUGCAGAUGCAGGAAGAAAACCUGAAGCGGUUAUCCAACAUGCAGCUGUCUACGGAGUCAGAGUCUGAGAAGCCAGCAGAUGGCGCUCCAGCACUAGAAGCAAGAACCACCAGUGAGCCACAGUCAGUGACUAAUUCUUCCGAAGCCAGUCCAGCGAAUACAGUGAAAUCCAAAGAUAAUACACAAAAUGAUACUAAGAUGCAAGGUUCAUCCGAUGACCCCGUGUACGUGGCCACAACAGACGUAGUACGAGGCGUAAUGAGGCUCGCUAGCGCGGCUCAGGCCGGCGCCGCGCCGCCCGACAUAUUGGCUUCAGUCAGGGCUGUAGGACACCACUUAAGAGACCUGUGUGCUACUGUCGACCUUGUUGUUGUCCCAUUUCCGCAACAGGCAAGGAGGCAAGUGGAGAUGGCUCACCAGAUGCUAAGCAAGGACAUGGCGGCCCUGGUAGAAGCGAUGCGGCUGGCCAUCGAAUAUCACAGCACCACACUGCACCACGAGUACACGAAAUCUAUGUUAGGCGCAGCGCACGUUCUAGCAAUGAACGCAAAGAACCUUCUAGACGUGUUAGAUUGCAUUCGAGAGCAUUACCCCAACGUGAACUGGCGCGCCGCACUCAACUCUGAGGUCUUCGACAGCGAUACGCCGAUUGAACAAAGUCACAUGACCCAGAAACAGAAUAUGAUGUGUCAGAAUGUGGAUCUUAACUCACAGAAUCAGGUAUUCGCACCUCAAAACCAAACGAUAACCCAACAAAACCCGCUCAACAAUCAAUCUUCAAGUCAAGAGGAAGAACCGAGGCCGGAUUUUAAAAUAAACCAACCUGUUACAACCUGUGUCGGUGUAAUUGACGUUCCCAAAGAACAUUCAAGUCUCCCCGCAACUUCAAACAGGGUUUCUGCAUUAAUUCAUAAUUAUAACCUCUACGGUAAUUUGAAGGAGCCACAGCAUAUCUAUGGCAAUACAGAGUUCCAACUUUCGUCCUCCAGUAUAUCGGAUGACACGAAAAUUGACGUCGCACCUAUGGAGUCUGUCAAAAGUCGAGUUCAAGCGUUGUCUGGGAAGUUGGAUUCUCCGCCUAUAUAUUCUGUGAGCAAGAAAUCUGAGCAGAAUAUAGGGCAUGAUCAGGUGUGAAUAUUUUUUGCUUGUAGUGCGCGUUGGUUGGGCGUUGUGUGGAUUUUUUAGCUGUUUUAAUUUAUUUGAAAAUAGAAGAUUGGUUUUUAAAUCAUAAUCUAUGAUUUAAAAAUUAUAUUUGAGUUACUGGUCGUCGUUGUGGAAAUGACGCCCAUAUAGUCCCUCUCUUGAGUAACUGUCCAAAUCCGGAAUCAUACAAAUUUUCCAGGAUAACGUCUUUUUGUGUUAGCACGUCAUAUUUUGAGUUUAAACUCAAAUGUCGUUCUAUCAAUAUCAUAUAUUAUAGACUUAAUAUCAUAUAUAAAAUAAGGUAGACAUACAACGAUAAGUGGAAAUUGUUCACGCUUGAAAACUGAGUAAAAUUGUGCGCCUUACUCGGUUAUUGCAAAAAUUAAGUCAACAGAGGGACUGUAUUAUUAUGUGAAGAAGUACUUAAAAUAUAUAUCCUAUUAAAUUUACAUUUUUAAAUGCUAAAGAUGAAAUCCACACAUAUCCUAACCGAGUUGACAUCAGCUUUACAGAAUUUAGGCCUAAUAGCAGUACUUACAGUACACACAGCACUAUCAGUAUGUCAACUUCAUUUGAAAAUAUAUACUACGACUUGAAUGAUGUAAUUGGUAAAAAGGUACUACAAUAUUCUGCAUGAAUAUUGUGUUAAGUUUUGCACGUUGAUACGAUAGAAUUUGUAGAUUUAUUGCACUGUCGAAACCUUUCACAGGUAUAUUGGAAAUUGUAUCUUAAAAUAUUACUCUUCUGUUCAAUUUCGCAUGCGCAGAAAUA